AUGACGGGAGCGCGUUCGCGCGAGGGCGAGGAUGAGAGUGGGCCGCAAAUGCCGCAGAAGAAGCACUUUCGCUCACGCGCACACUCCAACGUGCUCAACGCCAACGACUUUUGGUUCCCAGCUCGUCCGCAGGACGUGCCCUGGGGCGAGUACUUUCCGCAGCGUGCCAGCGGCGAGCGGGCAAAGACCUUCCCGUCCCAGCUGGUCCUCGGCAUCGAGAUCCGACCGAAGCUCGUCGAGUACGUGCAGAAGCGGGCCCUCGCCCUCCGACACGAGGCUGCGCAGGCGACGGCUGCUGACGCCGCCGACGCCGCCACGUACGAGAACGUGUGGGCGCUGCACAACAAUGCAAUGCGGUUCAUGCCAAACUUCUUCGAGAAGGGCCAGCUGAGCAAGAUCUUCAUCUGCUUCCCCGACCCCCACUUCAAGCGGAAGAACCACCGGAAGCGGAUCAUCUCGCAGCCGCUGCUCGCCGAGUUUGGGUACACGCUCUCGGCCGGCGGCCACCU